UUCUCAAAACCUCAGACGAAUCCGAAAAUGUCAGCCAUGGAAACCCUAAUCCUCGAGCUCCACGAGAUCGGCGCCGUCAAAUUCGGAAACUUCAAGCUCAAAUCCGGAAUCUACUCCCCCGUCUACAUCGACCUCCGCCUCAUCGUCUCCUACCCUUCCCUCCUCACCCAAAUCUCCCAAACCCUAAUCUCCUCCCUCCCUCCCUCCACCUCCUUCGACGUCGUCUGCGGCGUCCCCUACACCGCCCUCCCCAUCGCCACCGUCGUCUCCGUCUCCAACUCCAUCCCCAUGCUCAUGCGCCGCAAGGAGAUCAAAGACUACGGCACCUCCAAAGCCAUCGAAGGCGUCUUCGAAAAGGAUCAAACUUGCCUCAUAAUCGAGGAUCUGGUGACGAGUGGUGGCUCUGUGUUGGAGACGGCGGCGCCUCUAAGGGCCGUUGGGCUUAGGGUUAGUGACGCGGUGGUGUUGAUUGAUAGGGAGCAGGGUGGGAGGGAGAAUCUGGAGGAGAAUGGGAUUAGGUUGCAUUCGAUGAUUAAGUUGACGGAGAUGGUUAGGGUUUUGAGGGAGAAGGGGAAGGUUGAGGAGGAGGUGGAGGCGAAUUUGAUUAGGUUUUUGGAGGAGAAUCGUAGGGUUAGUGUUCCGAGUUUGGAAAAGGAGAAGGUGAAGGUUGAGGCUAGGGUUUUGGGGUUUAAGGAAAGGUCGGAGCUUUGUAGGAAUCCGAUGGGGAAGAAGCUGUUUGAGGUUAUGUUGAAGAAGCAAACUAAUCUUUGUUUAGCUGCUGAUGUUGGUACUGCUGCUGAGUUGCUUGACAUUGCUGACAAGGUGGGACCUGAGAUAUGUAUGUUGAAGACUCAUGUUGACAUUCUGCCUGAUUUCACCCCUGAAUUUGGCGCUAAACUCCGUGCGAUCGCAGACAAGCACAAGUUUCUCAUAUUUGAGGAUCGCAAGUUUGCAGACAUUGGUAACACCGUCACUAUGCAGUAUGAAGGAGGCGUCUUUAAAAUAUUAGAGUGGGCUGAUAUUAUAAACGCUCACAUAAUAUCAGGACCAGGAAUCGUGGAUGGCCUGAAGUUGAAGGGUUUGCCUCGUGGUAAGGGUCUUCUUUUACUAGCUGAGAUGAGCUCUGCUGGUAACCUUGCUACAGGAGACUACACUGCAGCAGCCGUGAAGAUCGCAGAGGCUCAUUCAGAUUUCGUGAUGGGAUUCAUCUCGGUUAAUCCGGCGUCUUGGAAAUGCGGGUAUGUAUAUCCGUCUAUGAUUCAUGCAACGCCUGGUGUUCAAAUGGUGAAAGGCGGUGAUGCACUUGGUCAACAGUAUAACACUCCACACUCUGUGAUUACUGAGAGGGGAAGUGAUAUAAUUAUUGUGGGAAGGGGAAUCAUAAAGGCGGAAAGUCCAGCAGAGACGGCUCACGAGUAUCGUGUUGAAGGCUGGAAAGCAUACUUGGGGAAAUGCUCUCAGUAGUUUCAAGCCUGAGACUUGAGAGGUUGUUGAUUGUGUUGUGAUGCUACAAAUUUGUGGAAGAUUUGUAUGUGUGAGGAUGGAUUUUAAAACUCAUGUCCGGUCGAUUUGUCACUUGAUCUCAAAUCUCAAUAAUAUAAUAAAGUUACGAAUGAC